ACAGCGGCACAUGUCCAUGGAUAUGAAAGAAUUAUCACAUAAAUAUAUAUUCAACGUGCAAGGUUGCGUAUAUAUUUUAUGAUUUAAUGAUAACUAAAAUACUUAAAAUUCCAAAAAAUUUAUUCAGCUUUGAAAUUCGUAUUAUUCUAUUUAUUUAUCUAACUCAUACAUUAAAAGUGCAUAUAAAAAAUUAAUACAAGAGAAAAAAGUUAUUCUCAAAGACUGUAUAACCUCUAAAUAUCUUAUCGAUUGCUUAUUAUAAGAGCAAUCCAGACUUCAUUCAUUCAUGAACAGUAUUGGUGAAUCGUGUAAUGAGAUUAAAAAGCAAUAUGACACGUGUUUUCAAACAUGGUUUUCAGAUAAGUUCCUGAAAGGUGACACUAAUGACUCCAUGUGUGCUCCACUCUUCAAAGUUUAUCAGAAUUGUCUCAAGAAAGCUAUAAAAGAUCAUAAAAUUGAAAUCAAAGAUCUUGAAGUGAGUGUUUUAGAAACCGAAAAGGAAAAACAACCACCCAGUUAGCAAAUAACAACUGACAUUGAGAAGCUUAAAUGAAUUUUUGAAUUUUUUUAUAUAUAUAUAUAUAUAUAUAUAUAUAUAUAUAUAUAUAUAUUGUUUUAUCCAUUAUAAGUAUGUGAAGUUGAUACUUAUUUUAAGUAUGUAAAUAACAUUUAAUACAGUUUAUGUUAUAAAAAUAA